AUGAUCAGUGAUACUGGUAGUUGUGAUGAAGCAACUCUUAAAUCAUCACCAGUUUGUUAUAAAGAUCCUGGUACUCGGUGUUCAGAUGGAUAUUAUGAAAAAUCUAAUGGAACAUGUUCAUCUUGUAAGUGCGGUGGCAAACCAUGUGAUGACAAUACAGGACACUGUAAACCAUGCCCUAUAAAUUGUAAGAAUGAUAAAUGCGAUGUUACUGGUAGAUGUACAAAUGGCUGUAAUGUGGGAUUCUAUGGUAUUAAUUGUACGGGUGAAUGUAGUCCAAACUGUAAAGGUGGUUGUAACAUGACGAAUGGUUUCUGUAUUAAUGGAUGUAAAGAAGGUUUCUAUGGUAAUGAUGGAAUGUGUAAGCUAGUAUGUUCAAACUGUAAUCCCGGUGGCUGUAAAAUGAAAGAUGGAACUUGUAUUAACGGGUGUAAAGAUGGAUUUUAUGGUGGGAGAUGUAGAUCGAACUGUUCAACAUGUAAAGACGGUAGAUGUGAGCGUGGUGUUUGUACCAAUGGAUGCAAAGACGGGUUUUAUGAUCGUGGUGGAUGGUGUCUCAAAAAAUGUCCAAAUUGUCUACCAGGAGGAUGUGAUAAAGAUGGUGGUGUUUGUAUCAGUGGAUGUAUAGAUGGUUGGUAUACAGAUACAUGUAAUACAAGUUGUAGUAGUUAUUGUCAAGGUGGAUGUAAUAGAUCAAAUGGUGUAUGUAAAACAUGUUCUCCAGGUAGAUAUGGUGAUACCUGUCAACAUGAAUGUAGUAGUUAUUGUCAAGGUGGAUGUAAUAGAUCAAAUGGUACAUGUACAAUAUGUUCUCCAGGUAGAUAUGGUGAUACCUGUCAACAUGAAUGUAGUAGUUAUUGUCAAGGUGGAUGUAAUAGAUCAAAUGGUACAUGUACAAUAUGUUCUCCAGGUAGAUAUGGUGAUUAUUGUCAAUAUGAAUGUAAUAGUUAUUGUCAAGGUGGAUGUGAUAGAUCAAAUGGUAAAUGUAAAACAUGUUCUCCAGGUAGAUAUGGUGAUUAUUGCCAACAAGAAUGUAGUAUUGGUUGUGUUUAUAACAUAUGUUCUACAGAUGGGUCGUGUAGUUGUAAAGCCACUUAUUAUGGUGAUAAUUGUAACAGGACAUGUAGUGAUGGAUGUAUCAACAGUUGGUGUUCUCCUUAUGGUGGAUUUUGUAGAUGUAAGGAUACCUAUUACGGUGAGAAAUGCGAAAAUGAAUGCAGUAACAAAUGUAUCAACGAACAAUGUAGAGAAUCAUCAGAACCAGAUAAACCACGGUGUACAGUUGGAUGUAUUGAUGGUUAUAAAGGUUCUUACUGUCAAACACCAUGCCCUGUUAACUGUGUAACAUGUAACACUACUGGCUGUUCUGUUUGCAAUCUUGGAUGGUACGGAUCUAAUUGUCAAAAGCGAUGCUCUGAGAAUUGUCGCAAUCAAUGUGAUUUGAUAUCUGGCGAGUGCAAACAAUGUGUAGGCAACAACACAUUUGGCAGGUUUUGUAAUUCAACUUGCAGUAAUGGAUGUAGAAGUCAAGGUAUAGAUAAAACAUGUAACAGAACGGGUGAUUGUUUAUUUGGCUGUGUUGAUGGUAAUUAUGGUAACAGCUGUCAGUUGAAAUGUGCUAAAUAUUGUAGUGGGGGCUGUAGUAAACAAAAUGGUCGGUGCAAUGAUUGCGUUCCAGAAUUUUAUGGUAAUUACUGUAACAAUUCCUGCAGCAAUACGUGUUUAGAAGGAUGUAGAGGAACGGAUGGUUACUGUAAUAAAUGUAUGAAUGGUUAUUAUGGGCGAACAUGUAGUCAAACGUGCAGUAAGACUUGUGAAGGGGGGUGUAAUAGAGAUGGUAAAUGUUUACGAUGUUCAAAAGGUUUUUAUGGUGACUACUGUGACAUGAAGUGUAGUAGUAAUUGUAUAGAUUCAGUUUGUGAAGGACCAACUAACAAUCCAAAGUGUUCUAAAGGAUGUGUUGAAGGGAAGACGGGCCGAUAUUGUGAACGUGGAUGCCCACAGCAUUGUAUUAACUGUGACCAAUUCAACAGAUAUCAAUGUUCAACAUGUGAAGAUGGUUGGAGAGGAACUUAUUGUUCAGAGCGUUGUCCAGAACAUUGUAUCAAAUGUAAUCAAAACGGACAAUGUGUAUCCUGCAAAUCUGGUUGGUUUGGGAAACAAUGCGAUGAGCGAUGUCCUACACGGUGUCUUGGUGAUAGUUGUAAUCUUAACGGACAUUGUAAGUCAUGUGAACUAGGGCGAUUUGGACAAAGAUGUCGUGAAUUUUGUCCGUCUGGAUGUUUAGAAGAUAAUUGUACUAUAAAUGGAACUUGUAUGGCCUGCAGGCAAGGUAGAUUUGGUAUAAGAUGCAGAGACUUCUGUCCUACUGUAUGUCCAGAGAUCUGCCAUAUGAACGGGUCUUGUAAAUCAUGUUCAUCUGGGUCCUUUGGCCCCAUGUGUAGUAGAACCUGUCCUAUAGGAUGUUUAGAUAAUAUAUGUAACAUGGAUGGUACGUGUAAAGUUUGUAAACAUGGAUAUUAUGGAAUAACCUGUGACAAAACGUGUAGUACCAGUUGUAAAUCUAUCACUGGUGUAACUGUAUGUAAUAUAACAGAUGGUUCAUGUAUGGAUGAUUGUGGAGAUGGUACAUCUGGACAUAACUGUACAGAAGGUUUAUUUAAACAUAAAUCAACUACUGGUAUAAAUAUAGGACUGGUUAUUGGUAUUGUUGUUGGUAUUGUUGGUGUUAUAUUUGCUGGUAUUGCAUUAAUAGUUUACUGUAAGAGAAGAAAUAUAUCACGGGUUACAGAAGAGAGUGAACCAUAUUAUGAUUAUAUUGCUGUGGGAGAUGUCGUUACUACAAGUGCUGUAUCAGAGCACGAGAAUGAACAACGUCACCAAAAUACAGAAUUAUCAAUUGAAAGCGCAACCAAUGUUUAUGUAAACAGACCACCAACAUCGAUAUCAUGUACCAACUAUGACGGGCUGAACGAAAGUACAACAGAGACAAUUACUCCAGUUUAUGAUGAUUUGAUGUAAAAGAUUUUUAUUAUUCUCAGUGUACAAUCUAGUAACCUCCCUUGCUAAUAUAAUGUUAAUAGUGUAUAUUGUUUAAAAGCCAUAAAAUGUAAAUGGUUGGACGAUAAAUAUAUAUUAUAAAAUAGAUAUAAUCGCAUGUAUAACCACAAUUGUAUGACGCGUGGACUAUUCGUUGAGUAGAAAUGAAAUGUAAUAAUAUUGUUUUAUAAAUUUUUUCAUUGUUGAGUGGUAUCUGGUAAUGUGGAUAUAUAUAUACGGAAAUGUUGCUUUAACAUAUGGAAUCGUGUAACUUGGUUUUAUUUUUAUUACUUGUGAAUUGUAGCUUAUAUUAUCAAUUGCAUUAUUAUCAGUCGCUACAGUUUUUUAAUAUUAAACUAUAUCGCUUUCUUAUAAAUUUUGUUUUCCUUAUUGGGUGGUAGCCUAUAUUGUAAUGAAAGUAUAGUGGUAUAGUCGUGUAACUUCGUUUUUUAUGUAUUACUUGUGAAUUGUAGCUAAUCAAUUGCAUUCAUUAUUUUGUUGUUGUUUUAUUUUUGCUACAUUAUUUUGAAAUUAAACUGUAUUGCUUGU